UGGUGACAUGGGCAAACGGCGCUUCUUACUGCGUAGGAAACGGAGGGCGGUUGUGGUGUCUAUGUCAGGUGUGAGGGUCAGGUGGGGACUGCCUGGAGAUUGAACCCGGAAGCGAAGGCGCCAGCGGCAGCGCCAGGAGGUGUCGUGGUUCGGUUCGGGAGAGCGUCUGAGGCGGGUACGCGUUAGAGAGAGGCUUGGGGAAAAGAAGAUAUGUUCAACUUUUUCCGAAAAAGCCAAGACUCUAAGAAGGUGUCAUUGCCAGAAAGAGAGGCAGAUGGAUUUGUUCUUUUGGGUGAUACAAUUAAUGAACAGAGAAGAGCAUCUGAAGAUAAAAACUCAUUUCCUGAGACAGGACCUACAUACAGUCAACCUGUUCAGCCAAAUACAGAAAAACAUUCACAUUUGACUGUAGUGGGUGCUGAGGAGGGAAAUGAGACAAGUCAACAUUUGGAAAGCAAUCAUUUCAUGUCAGAGUUCCUCAGUGAUGUACCCUUCACCCUAGCACCCCAUGUGCUAGCAGCACAGGACACCUCUAAUGGCCUUCCAGACCAAUUGCUCUCCUACAACAUCAAUGAUAAUUUAUCAAGAUUUUGGUAUGAUUUUACACUUGAAAAUUCAGUGCUUUGUGAUUUGUAAUAUGUCUUUAUCUUUCUGUCCCUUUGAAUGUGCACCGUAACAACUUGAAGAUAAUUACACAAAUAUUUUGUUUUGUAACUUAACUGCUUAAAUGUUUUUGUGGUAUGCCAUUUAUAUAACACAUGCAUAAAAACAAAAAUAAUUAAAAUCUCAUACUGUUUUAUUCCUUAACAUAGCAUCUUACAUUACACUUAAGUAACUUUUCAGAAAUACUGAAUUUGUUCCUAAAAUAGUCAAGCAGAACUAUUAGUUUUGUUUAAUCCUGAGUAAGAGAUCCAUUUGUUAAUACAUUAAUUGGUGACUGUCAAUAAGUGGACUGUAUAUGCACACAUUUCAUUAUUUUUACCUGUGAUGUCAUGGACUUCUGCAGCAUUUGAUAUUUUACUCUGAUGCCACAAAUGCAAAGCCUGUUGUGCAUAUUUCUUUUUAGACUGUCUUUGCUUUUUCCAGGGAUGGAAAUGAAUGCUGAUUGUAAAUGAAGUCAUGCUAUUUUGCAUUAUAAUAGGCAACUGAUGCUCCAGUCUUAAAUGCUGCUUUUUAAACUUCUGAAGAAAGUUUACAGGUUUAACUUUGUUAGUAUGAUUGAGUAGAUUUUACCAUACUCAAAACAUAAAGCUAGUCAGCUUCUCCUUUUUCCAGUAGACCUUGCUGUUCAUCUUACCAUGUCACUUCGGUCUCUCUCUUUCUCUGUCUUUCUCAAGGGUUUUCUCUCUAACUGCCCUGCAUUUGCUGUUUUUUCUCAUUGCCACAUGUGUUCCUGGUUUAUGCAUAGAUCAGUUUUUCCUUUUUAACCUUUGUGCCCCCUAAAGAAAGAAAUCUCAGGAUAUGUACUUUUAAUGGUCAUACCCUUGUUUUUUUAAUUGUGGCCCAAAGAUACAGAUGGCAGUGUUUAACUACUACAAAACAUUAAAUUGUUCCAUACCCAACUAAAUACCUAAAAAUUCAUUUCAAGCCUUGAAUAUGCAUAUUUUAUUAUAGCUAAACCCUAACUAAAUUGCUGUUGCCCAAUGAACUGCUCACUGAAGUCUUUUGUGGUGUGUGUAAAUAAUUCUCUGUGCCAUAUGCAAGAUUAAAUUUGUUUUGACUAUCAGGAAAAAAUAUAUUUACUGUGCCAACUGUAAGUGGGUAUUUUCAUAAGAAAUGUGUGACAUAGGAUAUUUAAAAACAUAUGUACAGGUUUUCACAUUUGUGUGCUUUUAAGAUGUUUGGGAUAAUAAAUACCACAACCGAUAGAGAAGCUAUGUUGUAAUUACGUUUUGGUUUGUUAAAAUGAUCAUAUUUUCUCAGAUUUUUUUCUGGAAAACCUAUGCAUUUCAUUAGUUUGUUUGCAGUCUGUAUCUGUUAAGUUUAUAAAUAUGUUUUGAGCUACUUGUUUUCAGGGAAAGUAUCUAUAUUGCACUUAAAUAAAAGCUGUGGUUAAAUAAUAUAUUAACA